CAAACAAAUUCGGGCCACAAGCAUGCACACAUGCAAACACAUACACACACACACACACAGUUGCAUUUCAUUUUCACAACAUGAACUUCCAGUUAGGGUUGUCACACAUUUUCACUUGAUCGCGCACAAGCAUCCAAGCAGAAACACACACAGACACACACGGACACUACUUGCUGACAUGCUCGUCGAACACAAGCCAUAACCGCUGCUUUGAUGGAGAUAAGGUGAUGUAGAAGAAAUACAAACUCACUUAUUCCUGAUUUUCACACACAAGAGCACAAGGCAGCCAGCUCCUCUCCGAACUCAAAGAUGAAUUCAACGGUGGCCCAGAAUACCACAUUUCCUGAUGGGUACCAUCCAAUCCUUGUGGGCAUCAACGCUGUUGUUCUGGUGAGCGGCACCGUCAGCCUGAGCCUGAUGAUGCACAUCCUGAAGUCCAGCUCCACAUCCAUCACCUCCACCGCUGUCCUCAACCUCAUCUUCACCCACUUCAUCUUCCUCGUCACCGUGCCCUUCAGGAUUUACUAUUACGUGACCAGUAGCUGGAGCCUGGGCCGCGGCUGGUGUAAGGUGGUCAGCAGCAUGAUCCACGUCCACAUGUACAUGUCUUUCCUCUUCUACGUGAUCAUCCUUGUCACGCGCCUCCUGGCGUUCUACCGCAAGGCCGAGCAGCUAGCCUCUUUCCACUUCAUCCACGCGCUCCUGUUCAGCGCGGGGGGGUGGCUGGCGGUGUUCAUCGUAGUCCCAGUGACCGUCUGUCUUUCCUAUGGACAAACCAACAUCACCGGAGGAAAUGAAACGAGAUGUUUUGAUUUCGGCGAAAGCAUACGCGAGGUGCCCGGUGCCAUGGCGAUCAAUUACAUCGUGAGCCUGCUGAUCAUAGUGGUGGCUACCGGGCUGACGGCCCUCCAAGCAAACGCCCUGAGGGUUUUGUACAGGAAGCAUCGGCAGGGAUGCACCUAUCAGCAGGGCUUCGGGGCUCAGCUGAAGAGCCUGUGCUUCGCCCUCAUCAUGGUGGCCUGCCUCGUGCCCUACCACAUGUUUCGACUCUUUUACUUGAUCGACCGUGAUCUGGGGCCCGUCAACGAGGUGUUUCUGAGUCUGACCACCUUCAACUGUUUGGACAUGCUCACUUUCCUGGGAAAGAGACCCUGCUAUAGAUGUGCUUGUUGAAAAUGGCUGUUUGACCUUCUUUUUUAUAACUUGAAUUUACUUCACGCCUUGAGAGCUACAUCCAGCACUUUAGGUCGUUCUCCUCACGAUGUGUUUUUCAUCUGUAAAGUUGGUUUCAAUUAGUUAUUUGUUGCUAUAAAAAGGGAGUGACGCGUCAUGGUUGACGAAUGAGGGACUUACGAUUGGUUGAUAACGCAGCCUCAUCCCCCUAUCGCCACACUGCGCAGCCUUUGGCUCCGAAUGAUGCCAUCACUGCAGAAUGGCAGCGCUCAUCGCGAUAUUUUGGCUUCAUUUCUGGAUAGUGGAAGGAAGUGGAGACACAUCAUCCAUGCUUUAAAUACAGGCUAUUCUCUGUGCACAGCCAAUGAAUCCAAUAAUGUGCUAUUUAAUAAAAAAGCUAUUGUUUAA